AUGUCCAGGGAAGUCUCAACCACCACAACACCCAAUGACAUCUUCAGAGAUCUUCACACCAAAAAAAAACAAAAAAACAAAGUAGAGCUAGUAGUCAGCCACCAGUCAGCCACCAGUCAGGCCAAGUCAGCCCCAGUCAGCCACCAGUCAGCCAGUCAGCCCAGUCAGCCACCAGCUCAGCCGCCAGUCAAGCACCAGUCAGCCAGCCGCAGUCAGCCAUCAGCACCAGUCAGCCACAAGUCAGCCACCAGUCAGCCACAGUCAGCCAUCAGUCAGCACAGUCACCAGUCAGCCACCAGUCACCAGUCAGCCACCAGUCAGCCGCCAGUCAGUCAGUCAGCCACCAGUCAGCCACCAGUCAGCCGCCAGUCAGCCACCAGUCAGCCACCAGUCAGCCACCAGUCAGCCACCAGUGCCAGUCAGCCACCAGUCAGCCACAGUCAGCCCCGCCAGUCAGCCACCAGUCAGCACCAGUCAGCCAGCCCACCAGUCAGCCGCCAGUCCAGCCAUCAGUCGCCACCAGUUCAGGCCACCCAGUCAGCCACCAGUCAGCCAUCAGCCACCAGUCAGUGCCACCAGUCAGCAUCAGUCAGCCACCAGUCAGCCACCAGUCAGCCACCAAUCAGCCAUCAGUCAGCCACCAGUCAGUCAGCCACCAGUCAGCCACCAGUCAGCCACCAGUCAGCCACCAGGUAUGACAGCCUAUAA